UGGAUUAUUUCAGUGGAACUGGCAAUCGGCCCAGAAGAAGGGAUCAGUUACCUAACAGACAAGGGCUGUAAUCCCACACAUCUGGCCGACUUCAAUCAAGUGCAGACCAUUCAGUAUUCAAACAGUGAAGACAAGGACAGAAAAGGAAUGCUACAACUAAAAAUAGCAGGGGCACCUGAGCCUCUGACAGUGACGGCACCAUCACUAACCAUUGCGGAGAAUAUGGCUGACCUGAUCGAUGGAUACUGCCGGCUGGUGAAUGGGGCCACACAGUCUUUUAUCAUCAGGCCUCAGAAAGAAGGUGAGCGGGCUUUGCCAUCAAUACCAAAGUUGGCCAACAGCGAAAAGCAAGGCACACGGACACAUGCAGUCUCCGUGUCAGGAGUCAGUCACUGCCAGCAUAAAGUUAAGAAAGCUAGGCGCUUUCUCCCUUUGGUCUUCUGUUCUCAUGAACCUCCUCCUACGGAUGAAAUUAGUGGGGACGAAACAGAUGAUUAUGCUGAGAUUAUAGAUGAAGAAGAUACUUACACCAUGCCCUCAAAAAGCUAUGGAAUAGAUGAAGCCAGGGAUUAUGAGAUUCAAAGAGAGAGAAUAGAACUUGGACGAUGUAUUGGAGAAGGCCAAUUUGGAGAUGUACAUCAGGGCGUUUAUAUGAGUCCAGAGAAUCCAGCUUUGGCGGUUGCAAUUAAAACAUGUAAAAACUGUACUUCGGACAGCGUGAGAGAGAAAUUUCUUCAAGAAGCCUUAACCAUGCGUCAGUUUGACCAUCCUCAUAUUGUGAAGCUGAUCGGAGUCAUCACAGAGAAUCCCGUCUGGAUAAUCAUGGAGCUGUGCACACUCGGAGAGCUGAGGUCAUUUUUGCAAGUAAGGAAAUACAGUUUGGAUCUAGCAUCUUUGAUCCUGUAUGCCUAUCAGCUUAGUACAGCUCUUGCAUAUCUAGAGAGCAAAAGAUUUGUACACAGGGAUAUUGCUGCUCGGAAUGUUCUGGUAUCCUCAAAUGAUUGUGUAAAAUUAGGAGACUUUGGAUUAUCCCGAUAUAUGGAAGAUAGUACUUACUACAAAGCUUCCAAAGGAAAAUUGCCUAUUAAAUGGAUGGCUCCAGAGUCAAUCAAUUUUCGACGUUUUACCUCAGCUAGUGACGUAUGGAUGUUUGGUGUAUGUAUGUGGGAGAUACUGAUGCAUGGUGUGAAGCCUUUUCAAGGAGUGAAGAACAAUGAUGUGAUUGGUCGAAUUGAAAAUGGGGAGAGAUUACCAAUGCCUCCAAAUUGUCCUCCUACCCUCUACAGCCUUAUGACGAAAUGCUGGGCCUAUGACCCCAGCAGGCGGCCCAGGUUUACUGAACUUAAAGCUCAGCUCAGCACAAUCCUGGAGGAAGAGAAGGCUCAGCAAGAAGAACGGAUGAGGAUGGAGUCCAGAAGACAGGCCACAGUGUCAUGGGAUUCUGGAGGGUCUGACGAAGCACCACCCAAGCCCAGCAGACCUGGCUAUCCCAGUCCGAGGUCCAGCGAAGGAUUUUAUCCCAGCCCUCAGCACGUGGUACAGACCAAUCAUUACCAGGUUUCUGGUUACCCUGGUUCACAUGGAAUCACAGCUAUGGGUGGCAGCAUCUACCCAGGUCAGGCAUCACUUUUGGACCAAACAGAUUCGUGGAAUCAUAGACCUCAGGAGAUAUCAAUGUGGCAGCCCAAUGUGGAGGACUCUGCAGCAUUGGACCUGCGAGGGAUUGGGCAGGUAUUGCCGACCCACCUGAUGGAAGAGCGGCUGAUCCGACAGCAACAGGAAAUGGAAGAAGAUCAGCGCUGGCUGGAGAAAGAGGAGAGAUUUCUGAAACCUGAUGUGAGGCUCUCUCGAGGCAGCAUCGACAGGGAGGAUGGAAGUCUUCAGGGUCCGACUGGAAACCAACACAUAUAUCAGCCUGUGGGGAAACCAGAUCCUGCAGCUCCACCAAAGAAACCACCGCGUCCUGGAGCCCCUGGUCACCUGGGCAGCCUUGCCAGCCUGAGCAGCCCUGGGGACAGUUACAAUGAGGGCGUCAAGCUUCAGCCCCAGGAAAUCAGCCCUCCUCCUACAGCCAACCUGGACCGGUCCAAUGACAAGGUUUACGAGAACGUGACGGGCCUGGUGAAAGCUGUCAUCGAGAUGUCCAGUAAAAUCCAGCCAGCCCCACCAGAGGAGUACGUUCCUAUGGUGAAGGAAGUCGGCUUGGCCCUGAGGACACUAUUGGCCACUGUGGAUGAGACCAUUCCCGUCCUGCCAGCCAGCACGCACCGAGAGAUUGAGAUGGCGCAGAAGCUGCUGAACUCUGACCUGGGCGAGCUCAUCAACAAGAUGAAACUGGCCCAGCAGUAUGUCAUGACCAGCCUCCAGCAGGAGUACAAGAAGCAGAUGCUGACCGCUGCUCACGCCCUGGCUGUGGACGCUAAGAACUUACUGGACGUCAUUGACCAAGCAAGACUAAAAAUGCUUGGGCAGACAAGACCGCACUGAGCCUGCCCCAGGGAACACGUCUU